CACCUCUGCAAUUGGGUGGACUUUGCUACGAAGACGAAAGCCCACGUAUGGAGCGAUGAAGACUACGUAUUCCCUGCUCGUACUGGUCUCCGUAAGAAAGCUCUUAGAAGCGACGACGAUACCACCGGCUGCGAAAAAGUGGUCAUUGGGUGGGGUAAGAAAAUAGGAGAACAGAGUUUUAUCACGCUACUCAACUGCAUCGUGGGUACGCUGAACCGAAAGGGACAAUCGACACCGGGUUACGUUGCGAAGCAUUGGUACAACAGUUGGUUCACGUCACACACAUUUCGCCGAGGAGGGGCUCAAUACCGCUUUAUGUACGCAAAACCAGCACGGCGCUGGUCGUUACGGAUGAUCAAGUGGUGGGCCGGCUGGAGUGUUUCGGAAUCGACGGAGACGCUGGUGCGCUACCUUCUGGAUCUGACUGUUCAAACCGAGGACAGUGAACUCGCAGACUGUUUGGACCGGACAAGAGUUAUCUGCACGGUUGUCCAAGCGCUCCUUAUGAGGCUAGCAGAAACAUCGAAGAAGGGCCCGUUUUCAAGGGCAUUCGGCAACUAG